UUCUUUUGUGCAUAUGUUCCCGAAAAGCCAGAUAUUGGACCUAAUGCUACAUACGCAUUGAGGAACCAACAAUUAAAGAGCUCUGUGGAGAUGGUGAGCGAGGAAGAGAAAGUAAAGUAUACUUUCUCCCUCUAUUUUGGCACGAGCGCAAAACGAAAGAUCUGCGGUUAUCUCGACGGAACCUUCCAAUCAAGUGGUGGUGCCAAGCUCGUCAAAUUGAUGAAAGAUGGACAUGUUUGUCAUAGAAAAGAUUUCACUUUCUCCGGUGGAUCUAAAAAAGUCAACAAAGAUGACGCCAUGGAUUGGGCACACUUCUAUAAGCACGUGAAGUUGGAGAAAGAUUUUGUACCAAAAGAUCAUACGAAAGUAAUUUUUGACAUUUUGAAUGGAGGUCUCAAGGGUGGUCUGCAAAGGAAGAAUUCCUACGAGCGGGUGCUGAGUGAUGCAGUCAAAGAGAAAGCAAAGAAGAUUGAAUGGCAGAACAGGUCACUCAUGCCUCUUCCACCAGAUCUGCUGCAAGAAGACCCAGAAGAUGUGCCAUGGAUCCAACACAAACUCAGCGUCAAGCGAAAGAGAAGUUAAAAAUAUUUAUGGUGCAUUCUUGUAACAAUUAAUGAAUUAUUCUUAUGUGCGUUUGCAAAACGCAAUUCAAAUGAUGUUAUUUGAAAUAUAAUAAACAACAAUUCUUACCUCGAA